CCUGAGCUCAGAGAGCCGCCCUCUGCGCGCGGGGCCUGGCGCACGCGAUCCGGGCCAUGCCGUUUAGCCGCCCCUUUGCCUGCCAGACGACCAGCGCCCGCUGCCAGCGCAGCUGGUGUGGUGUCUUGAUUUGGGCCGCGUGCGGCGAGGCGGCUCGCGCCGCCCGACAAAGCUAAACCUGCCUGCCACACCGGCUUCUCUCGCCUCUCCAAGGGCGGCACCGCGUAGCACUGACUCACACACGCCCCUCCUCCGCGCGCGGGCGCGCGGCGCAGCCGCAGGCCGCUGCGGCGGUUCUGCUCCGCCCUUGCGCCGCGGCCUCAUCGCCGCUGCCGCCGCCGACUCGGACAGAGGCACCACCGGCCAAAAAUACGUGCCAUCCAGGCCGUCGCGGCGGCGCCCCGAGUAGGUUCGGGUACGGGAUGCUCACAACCCGCGCGAUGGAGCGCGGGUCGGCCUUCAAAGGCGUCCGUAGGUGGCGGAGGACCGCGCUACUUUCGCCGAUCAUGCCGGUCGCGUCCAGGGUAUCGGCGCGCGUGCGGGCUGCUCACACGCCGCGCGAGGGCGCGCGGCUCGGUCGUGAAAGGCGUCGGUAGGCAGCGGAGGUCCGCGCUACUUUCGCCGAUCAUGCCGGUCGCGUCCAAGACGCGCGUGCCUGCGGCUCACACGCCGCGCGAGGGCGCGCGGCUCGGCCGUGGAAGGCGUCGGUAGGCAGCGGAGGACCGCGCUACUUUCGCCGAUCAUGCCGGUCGCGUCCAAGGCGCGCGUGCCUGCGGCUCACAACCCGCGCGAGAGCGCGCGGCUCGGCCUUCGAAGGCGUUGGGAGGCAGCGGCCGAGCCCGCCUUCACCGUGACGCCGUUCAAGUGCCUAAGGCGGUAGGCGGAUCACCGCACUUCUCCCCGGCGAGAUGAGGCCCUCCGCGCUAGAGGAGAGGCGGAUCAGACUACGAGGAGCGGCGGAGGCCAUCAAGCUUGUCUCGAGUAGCCCUCGCGCGCGCGCAAUCGCGUGGCGGCGGUAGACCGAUUUUCGCCACCGAGACGAACACCGACUCAAAGGGUAGCCGUGACAACUUCGUGUGUAUAGCGGCUGAUACGCUUGUUCAUACCAAUUCUUUGCACCUGCC